AUGGCUAUCGACCUUGAAAAUGACAUUGUCCUUCUCACUUGCGCAAGUGGUAAGCAAUGUUCCCAUCUGAUCCCGCUCCUCUACCGUAGGUGGAGGAAGCUCCGCCUCGCUGUUCACAGCGUUCAUUCCGAGAGGGAUCUGAAGUCGCGCUAUCCGGAGGCCGAGGUGGUGCAGGGCGAUAUAGCCAAGCCAGAAUACAGAGACCAGAUUUUGGCCGGUGCUACAGUCGUCGUAUAUAUUGCCCCAGCAUUUCAUCCGCAGGAAGCAGAAAUUGGCUAUGCCAUGAUUGAAGCCGCGCGUCAUGAGGCCCGGAACGGGACUUUUAAGCACUUCAUCUACUCCUCUGUGCUGCACCCGCAGCUUCGGAAGUUGAUGAACCAUGACUGCAAGCGCUACGUUGAGGAAUACCUCAUUGAAUCAGGGCUCAACUACACGAUUCUUCAGCCCAGCCAUUUUCUCGACAUGUUCCCGGUCGAAACGUUGCUGCAUCAAGCGGAACCUCUCUUCCGCGCAAGUUUUAAUCCAGACACGGCCUUCUCGUUCACCAUUUUACAGGACCUAGCAGAGGCUUUUGCCAAGGUGAUUGAGGAAAGAGAAAGGCAUUAUCUCGCCGAGUACAUGAUCUGUUCAACCAGGCCCACCUCAUAUCGAGAUAUCGUCGCCACGCUCGGUCAUAUAACAGGUACACGCAUCGGUAUUGUGACGCAGGAGUUCUACGAGACCGCUGAGCGGCUGCAGUCCUUGGUGUCUAAGGAUGCUGGUGGUUGCCAUCAUACCACACGGGACGGUAUCCAUCGACUGCAGCUUUACUAUGACAUUUAUGGUAUCAAAGGCAAUCCUAAUGUGCUGGAAUGGUUGAUUGGUCGAAAGCCGAUGACGGUGGAGGAGCAUUUCCGGAAGCGGGUCUCCAUCAAAGAGGCUGAUUAG